AUGAUUCCUGAUAAUUCUCACCUAACCUCUUCACCUUCGUUCACCAACGACUUGCGUGAUCACAAACCUCAUAUUAAUACCUCGGAUGGUUAUCCUGCAACUUCAUCAUACUCUUCUUCGGCUUAUCCACCAAGUACCAUGGAUCGUCGGACAAGUUUAAACACUGGACUCGUGCCUAGUAUUCAUCAUCAACCUUUGUCUAAUCAUAAAGUUGUACAUCAAUUAUCACCUUCGGUUGAUGGUGGUUCGUCGGAUGGUACCGCUGAUUCAUGGAGAACUUCUGUGGUCAUGACCGCCGCUCAAGACAAUAAUGGAAACCCUUUCCCAUUUAAUUCGUACAAACCAAAAGGUUAUGAUGAGAGAGCGUUGGAUCCCACCUUUUUCACUGAUCAUCCAAUGAAAAUGCCUUCAGGUCAUAAUACGGCCGCCCCGAUGGGAUAUUUUGGACAGCCCCCAGUUAGUUACGAUCGUAAUGGCAUGCCUCAUUUUGCCACACCACAAGAUUAUCCAAUCACAAUGGCAGGUUUGGCAAAUCCAAAUGGAAAUUCGAGGAAUGCACCUCAAUUUCAAAAUCCACAAAGACCACGACCUGUUACGCCACAAGAUAUGAUGACAACCUUUAGUUCAAAGACCGUUUCAUCCACACCAAAAAGGUACAAAUGUAAUGUCUGUCAAAAGAGGUUCACCAGACCAAGUUCGUUACAAACACACACAUACAGUCACACCGGGGAAAAACCAUUCAAAUGUCCGAUUGAGGGUUGCGGUCGUCAUUUCUCCGUCGUUAGUAAUCUUCGUCGUCAUCAAAAAAUUCACACCAAAUAA